CAAAGUUUUGAGAAGGGACCGUUCUCAACUUUCAAGUACCCUCUGGAAUCUGGUUGUGACUGGACAGGAAUAAAAUUCAGCCUAGAUGGUAAGCUAAUGAUGUUGACUACUAAUGGAGCUGUGAUACGCAUAGUUGACGCUUUCGAUGGAAAACCCCUUUAUACCCUUGCUGGAUACCAGAAUAAUAAGGGUAUUCCUAUUGAAGCCAGUUUUACCCCUGAUUCUCAAUAUGUAUUGACUGGUUCUAGUGACAGUACAAUACACGUAUACAAGGCAGACACAGGACAAAAGGCAUUUACUCUGAGAGGAGAGCAUCAACAUCCUGUAACAAGUGUGCAGUUCAACCCCAGGUAUAUGAUGAUGGCCUCUGCUUGUCAAAGCCUAAACUUCUGGGCCCCUGACCUGGAUGGUACAGGAGGAGGGGGCAAGGGGCCUCUGCCCUCCCCUACCCCAGUUAUGCACCAACAGCCUGCAUUCAAGCCUGGAGGGUUUAUAGACGGAGUUUAUUGACUGUCUAAUCUAGUUUUGUAUCGUUACCAAUGUUAAACAGACUGUCGUUGUAAUUUUAAUUGAGGAAUAAUGUUGAAAAUGUAAACGUUUUUUACGCUUGAAAGGUGUUUAAUUCCGAUUAAUCAUCCUCCCUUGUGCAGUGGAAAUGCGCAAGUUUCUUUAGCAUGGAACCUCAACUUCAAACAAAACAAUCAGUUUUCUCUAGAGAAACAUGAAUAAGGGACACAUUAUUCAAACUUGAUCAUACAACGCUGUGAAUUACUAUUUUUGGCGAUAAAUCCCUUGAAGAAUAAGAUAAAAUUAAAAAUCUAAAGAAAAUGGGUAUUUUUUCGACUUGGCAUGUUUCAUUUGUACCUGAAUCCUAAAUAUGAAUAAAGUUUGAGAAAAACA